UGCCAUCCAAUUUGACCACCAUGCGUUCAUUAGGCGUUCUAGGUGUAGCGCUACAUGCCUCUCUGCUCAUACUGCUGACUCAAGGAAUUCACAAAUCUAGAGAUGGAGUUUAUCACGGAAAAUCACGACGCUUUGCUACAGACCACCGUCCACCUGGAUUCCAUCACCUGGCACCGAAGUAUAUGAUGCACCUUUACCGGAAUUACAAGUCAAAUCUUACUCGGCCUAUAGACGUAAUGGAGAAGGCCAUCGCAAAACAAGCAGACACAGUCAAGAGUGUGAUGGCAAAAAGUUUAUUUCACAGACCCCGACGCUGGACUGCAACCUUUGACCUGACCACCUUAUUGGCCGACGAACGGAUCCAAGCAGCGGAGCUCAGGUUCAGGUUUCCCCGGGCGACGAGGGCUUCCAACAUUACCGUGGAGAUCUACCAUCACCACGACUACCCGUGCAGGCAGACACGGGAGAUCUGCCAGGAACACCAGCUGGUGGGAUAUUUCUCCGUCUCCUCUGUGAUUAACUCCUCUCAGCACUGGAAGGUGUACAACCUUACUGAUCCUCUGUUGAACUGGCUCGGCCAGGAACACAUUUCCAGGAGCUCAAUGAAGAGGAGAUCACCAAACAAGACAAAGAGAGAUGUGUACUUCCCCAACCAUGUCCAGUUGGCUGGGUCUACAACACAGCAAAACACUUUCCAGUUGGCUGGGUCUACAACACAGCAGAACCCUGUCCAGUUGGCUGGGUCUACAACACAGCAGAACCCUGUCCAGUUGGCUGGGUCUACAACACAGCAGAACCCUGUCCAGUUGGCUGUGUCUAAAACACGGCAGAAUCCUGUCCAGUUAACUGUGUCUAAAACACGGCAGAAUCCUGUCCAGUUAACUGUGUCUAAAAUACGGGAGAAUCAGUGUGUGAGCGACAGAGCCUUACUGGUUGUAUUCUCUCAUACAGGGUCAGAGGAGGGCUCCCAGGCCAAAGCCAGUCUCCUCCACACGGCCGAACAGUCCAAGUUCCUGUCCACCACCGAGUCCAAGAAGUUCCGCAGGCCGAAGAGACACAGGAAAAAAAGGGGCCACUCAGGCCAGAGGGAACCACCAGACAUGAGGGGUCCAGGGGUGUCUAGCGGAAACAUUGAGAUUGACCCGUCUCUCUGUCGAAGAGUUGAAAUGCAUGUAGACUUCAAUCAGAUAGGCUGGGGGUCCUGGAUCGUCUUCCCGAAGAAGUAUAAUGCCUAUCGAUGUGAGGGGAUCUGUCCAAGUCCUUUGGGAGAAGACUUGAACCCAACAAAUCAUGCUUACAUGCAGAGUCUCCUAAAACACUACCACCCUGAGCGGGUCCCCUCGGUGUGCUGCGCCCCCACCAAGAUGAGUCCUCUAAGCAUGCUGUAUUAUGAGAAUGGAGAAAUGCUGCUUCGCCAUCACGAGGAUAUGGUUGUGGAUGAAUGUGGCUGCCUGUAGCCUCUGUCACAGGCUUGAACCCGACCUUCAGUAAAGACAUGGCCGGAGCAAAGCCCGGGGCCGUCUUCUCACAACCGCUUGAGAUGGAGACGAGGCUACCACUCGUCUCCUUCGGACGCACGCAACAGAGAGUUCCGGAAACAUUACAGUGUAUUUUCACUGACAGAACUAUUAUCCAAGAGUCUGUAACAGAUGGUCGGAAACAAUAAGAAAGCACUUUGUGUUCUUUUGAUUAUUGUGACUGUGCACCCCUCAAGCAGUAUGGUAGAUGUCCUGUAUGUUUAGAAAGCCUGGAUAUAUACAGUAUGGAUUUUCUCUCAGAAUGUGACUGAUUUUAUCUUACUGCUUUUAGGAAUCAGUAAGAGGACAUGCCAUUUCAUUAUAAGUCAUAGGAAAUGGCGUUGUUCACCAUUUAAGCACUGUUUAUACUAUAGUAUACACCUACUGGGUGUA